UAAUUGCCAGGGCGGAGCACAUAAAUGAAUUGGGUAGGUUUUUUAAACUACGAGAAGUAGUACCACAAUAGCAAGACACUGAGUACUAGGUGGGCUAAACUUCUUCUACACACGGAUCUUCAUAUUUUUGAUUUAUUAUUAAAUUCUCCUGAACAACAUCACAAAAAAUGUCUGCGUUUCCUGCUGGUAGCGUAAGUCAUCAGCUUGUCUGGUGGUUGAAAGAAGGCGUCACCGAAACAGACAUGACCUCGAUCUAUGACGAAAUGCGAAAUUUUCCAGUACCAACUCAAAUUUAUGUUUUUACAUCAGACCACUGUAUAGGUUUGGAACGAGCUGAAUAAGUUUUUAGAGGAACUUACUACUACUCGUCAUGGCGACGUAAGAGCUUGUAUUUGUAUACAUAUUUAAUAAUCUUUAGAUAUUUAAAAAUCACAGUUUUUUCUUUGGCAUCGGUGACUACUCCCUUUUUCUGGCAUUACUCAUGCCUGUUGCAUCGGUGUCUCUGGCUCUACUCGAGCCUGUUUCGUCCCGGACGGCGCGGCCUGGCCGCAGAGCCGCGGACCUGAAACCUUGAACCUUAAAUCACAGUUUGACAUAGACAUCCUCAAGUAGCUCAACAACAUCCACCAAAAAAUGUUUUCCCAGAAAAGUAUACCGGACUACGUGCUGUCGGUCUCGGUCGGCACCACUUUUACCGAUAACCGAUCGGAUGGCGCGGCCGCUGGUGCGGUGAUCGUGCUAAGGGACGAGGCGUCAUUACCUCUGUACCGCGACUGUGAGAUACACCAGGAGUUCGUGUCGAGAUUCGCACCGAAACUGUCGAAACUCCAAUGUCUAGAUUGGGUCAACUGA